CUAAAUAAAAACAUUUACCUCUAUAAGAAAGUAUUAGACAACUAUGAUUAAAUUUAUACAUAUCCUAAAAAAAAUAAUCCCAUUUCUGUUAGUUGUAUUGUCAAUUACUUAUCGUGAUCGCUUAGGAUUUUUAUUUUAUAACUUCUUUACCUCUAACGUUCCGGAUAUUAAUGUAUAUACGGUUGAACAACUAGCAUUGUAUAAUGGCAUUAGUAAGAAUAAAAUUUAUUUAUCAAUCAUAGGAUCUGUUUUCGAUGUCACCACAGGUACGAAACAUUACGGUCAAGAAAGCCCAUACCACUAUUUUGUAGGAAAAGAUGGUUCAAGAGCAUUUGUCACUGGAGAUUUUAAAGAUGAGAGUUUAUAUAAAGAUCACAUAUUAGACUUGCCUUGCAAUGAUUUGUUAACUUUAAAGAACUGGAAAGAUACAUUAAGAGAUAAAUAUAAAGAAGUUGGUGUUUUAAUUGGUAGAUACUAUGAUGUGAAUGGAAGAGAAACAGAAUAUAUGAAAAUGUUCUAUGUAGAAACAGAAAAGUGUAUAAUCGAGAAGGAUUUAGCUAAAAAAGAAGAAUUAAAGUUUCCACCAUGUAAUAUUGAAUGGAGCCCAGAUGCAGGCACUAAAGUCUGGUGCACUAAAACCAGUGGAGGAGUGAAAAGAAAUUGGGUAGGAGUGCCGCGCCAGCUCUACACACCAGGACAGGACAUGCCUCGCUGCACAUGUGUGAACAUUGAAGACAUUGAUAAUUCUGCAGCUAUGUUCAAAGAAUAUGAUAAUUGUCCUAUCACUUCUACUUCUUGUAUUAUAAAAAGUAAUUAGAUAAUGUAAAAUUAUAUUAAGAUAAGCAGAUGUGAUACAUCAUAAAAAGUAACAUUGAAUCUCAAGCUGAACCUCUUUCAACAAGAAUGGUAAAUUGAAUAAGCGUAAGUAAUAUAUUCAGAGAGAUUAUGUAAAUUAAUGUUUAUUAUUCCUAUUUUGUGACUUUCUAAAUUUAAAUGGUUG